AUGAGUUACCAGAAGGCUGCGCUUGAGUUAAACAUGGGGUCACAGCCUGGGCCAAAGAGCCCUGAGAGAACAGAAGGUGUAACUGCUGAUGAAGACUAUGGCACAGGCUGGCUUGAAAACCGACUCAGCGUGGGAGACUUUGUAAAAAUACAGAGGGCCUUUGAGUCCCCAGAGCCAAGAAAAACCAUUUGUAUGUCCAGAGAAGAGUUCAUGCAGAGGAUGACAGAGAUUGUUAGUUGGAGCACAAAGGAAGAAUAUGGGGAGCUCUUUGACAAAGCAGAUGUGGCCCAAGACGGCCUCAUUAAUUGGGACAAGCUGACUUCAUUUCUACUGUUAGCACUUUAUGAGAAAGAUGAACGAGUGAAGGCAACUGUGGUUCCCCCGUGGAAAGACCUCGAACUCCUCCCAGUAAAACACAAGGACGCCAUUCAAAAAGUGAUUUUUGUAAAAAGUUCAAGUCAUUAUCUGACUAUCAGUAAAGAAGGUUUAUUAGGAAUCUGAGGAGAGAAUCUGAAGCUUCAAGAGACACUUCCCAUCACUUCAGAUGCCACCAAGCUCAAACACCUAUGGGUGACAAGUCUGAUUUCCCUGGAAAAUGUAAACAAGAUACCAGUGGCUUUUACAAGUAAAGAAAUUCAUUUCUGUGAUCUACUGUCCAAAGAAGAAUUUCCUUGUCAGUACAAACUCCAAGAACUGAAAGGAACACCAAUUUGCAUGGAUUAUUGGUAUGAUCCUCUUGAUGCCCAUAAAUCAAUUCUUUCUUUUGGGGAUAUAACUGGAAAGGUUCAAACAAUUGUUUUCACAGCGGCCUUGAUUUCCCUGUUUGAAUGACCUGCUGCUAGCGCAUGUGAAGAUGAAGAAACUACCAUGACCAUUAACUGGGCAGAACUGCUCUCUGGAUGUCACAAAUGUUGCCGUAUAUUACAGUAUAAACUUCAUCAUGGAGAUUGGGUCAGUCAAGUUACCUUCAAUGCAUCUUUAGAUGCUAUCAUUUCCAGUAGAACCAGCAAUACAAAUACUAUGGUGCUAGCAUGGACAAAAAAAAUAAAAAAUCAUCUUAAAAUGACAUUCUUCAACAUUGCCCAGGGCAUUCAUGCUUUUGAUUACCACUCUUGGCUCAAUUUAAUAGCAACUGCUGGAAUUAACAAUAAAGUUUGCCUUUGGAAUCCCUAUGUUGUCUCUAAACCAGUGGGUGUCCUUUGGGAUCACUCAGCCAGUGUAAUAGCCAUCCAAUUCUUUGCUGAGAGAAAACAACUUUUCAGCUUCUCCAAAGAUAAA